AUGGGUAACUCAAAGAAAGAGGUGCCGGGAGACGAGAGAGUGACGAGUAGAUGGUCGACAGGACGAGCCGGUGAUGGAGCAGAGGGCCAUGGCAGGCCGCAUGCGGGUGAGGAACUGGAGGAGAGCAGAGUGGGCGAGGAGAGGGAAAGGGAAGACGCGGCGGGGGGCGCGGAAAGGAAUAGUCACGAGGAGGAGCAUAUUUGGGAAUUGGAGAGGGGCGAAGAUGGACAGUAUGUUGACUGUGGGGAUGAGGAGGUGGCGGCGGAGGUGGCGGAGGAGGGCAAGUAUGAUGACGAGGAGAUUGACGAUGACGAAGACGAGGAUGAGGAUGGGGAUGACGAUGACGAUGACGAUGACGAUGAUGACGACGAUUUCGACUACGACGAGUGGGAGGAGGAGGAGGGUGAGCGGCGCGGCGUGCAAGGCAACGCGAUCGACGGCGACUGGACGGUGUCGUCUCGUCUGCGCGAACCGCAGCAGCGCGCGGCGGCAGAGGGCACGGGGGAGAACCAAGAGCCCGCGCCCUUGGCGCCCUCUUCUCCGCCACCUGCCUCCUCCCGCCGCUUCGCCACCCUCACCGCGCACCCCCGCGCGCCAGGCGAGCCCCUCCGCCUCACGUUCCCCGCGCAGCUGCCCGACGCCUUCGCCCCGGCCCCAGCAGAUCCGCUUUUGGGUGCGCCUCCCUUUCCCCCCAUGCUUCACCGGCCACGCUCCGCCGCUGCCCGCGCUGCGGUCGCUAGAGUGUUGCGGCAGCGGCAGGAGGCAGCAGAAGGCAGUCUGCGCGGGGCUGGGAGGGGCGGUGAUGCAGGGGGGGCGGGUCAGGACGGAAUGGAGGGGCAUGGCGCAGGUGCAGAGACACGGCGUGUAUGGCGAGGAUUGAACGCGGGCGCAGGGGCCGAACUGGCAGACGAGGAGGUGCGCGGAACGAAGAGAAAAGCGGAACCACUCGCGCAGGCGCAAGUGGGAACCGCUGGGGGGGGUACAGGUGGCGGUUUUGUGGGAUGGCGAGGGAACGUGGGAGUUGUGGAACGGUUAAGAAGGGAAGGAGGGGACGGCGUUGCGUCGCGAAUGGCAGAGGGCGAGACGCAAGGAAGCAGAGCGGAGGCCAUGAGGGAGGAACAGGGCGGUGCUGGAAGCAUGAUGCAGCGGGGAGCGGAGCAGGGCGGCGCAGAGAGGGAAGGCGGAGGGCUGGAAAGCGGGAAGCAGGGGGGAUUGGGCGGGACGACAGACGUGCGGGGAGUGGGAGGCGGCAGGGCGAUGGAGGUGAGCCCUCCGCGCAGCAUGCGAGAGCCAUCCUCCCGUGCUGCCCGCAAGAUGUGGCGCGAGCUGGUGCCGCACCGAGCAGGACGCACAGACACGGCACAGACUCACACGCUGGGAGGCAGCACGGGGCAAGGCGGGGGCAUUCCAACACCCCUCCACCUGUCAUCUUGGAUACAAUAUGGCCAUCACUCUGCUGCCGCGUCCGCUGGGCAGGGCGGGCACAUCAGCCGCCUGGUGGGCAACGGGCGGUACGGCGGAAGGAGAGGGGGAGAACAGGGGGAAGAAGGGGGAAGGCCACGGACGGGAGGGAAAGGAGGUGCGCACGAUGAGAAGGGGAGAGGCACCGGGUUAGUAGAGCAGCCACGAGCAAUGAUCCGCUGGGCACACAGCAAGCAGGUGCGCACAACAGCAAGCAAGCAGGUGCGCACAACAGCAAGCAAGCAGGUGCGCACAACAGCAAGCAGGUGCGCACAACAGCAAGCAGGUGCGCACAACAGCAAGCAGCAAGCGAGAGCAAGCGGCGGUCCAGUGUGA